AUGCAUCUCAAGCACGUUAUUGCUGCCCUGGCGGCAUUCAGUUCGUUGGCUGUGGCGGCGCCUGCUCAGGAUGCAAAAGCCGCGGACAAGGGGCAAGGUCAAAAUCAGAACCAGAAUCAAAAUCAGGACAAGAACAAUGCCAAGGGCAACAACAAUAACAACGGCAAGAACAACAACAACAAUAAUAAUAACAAUAAGAACAAUGGCGACGUGAAUAUUAUCCAAAACAUCAUCAAGCCCAACAUCAUCGUCGUCCAGGAGAACCUCGACAAGAUCAACCAGCUGCAAAGGCAGAACGAGAGAGAGCUCGCUGCCUUGGUGCAGUCUCAGCUCGCACUUGCGACACAGCUGCAGACCGUCAAGGAUAACAUCCGGAUUAACCAUUUUAAGGCGCAAUUCCCUCAGGCGGUGAGUCUAUUCCUGUCCUUCACGCAUACCGCCUGGGCAUACCCGGCAACGGUCGACAACAGAAAUCAGGGGCAACAGAACAAGCGAUACCUCGUUAACCAGCUCCUCGCAGACAACGGACAGGCAGGGAAACAGACGCUCGUCAUGGUAACGGACCCGACCAACCUGGAAAUCUCGACACCACAGGCGGCAUCAGCCCAAGCAAAUGCCUUUGGCGCCGCCCGCGUGCAACUUGAGGCCUCCUCUUCGUCCGCUGGAUCCAACACAUCCGACUUCAGCGCCGAAGCCGUCGGUUCCACCCCCGCCGACAACACCCUCAGCCUCGCAGCCUUCAACCAGGCAGCCCCCUUUGGCCAGGUAGGCCAAAGCAUCAUCCUCCCCGCAGGCACGCAGGCGCCGCAGCUGCUCUCGGUCCCGGACCCAGCCGCCAUCAUCCUGCCGCAGCAACAAGGCCUCUUUGUCCAGAAUGCGGGGACCUUUUUGACGGAUUGCGCGACGUCCGCCGCCAACGCCGCCAACGGGAACCCAGCGCUGACCGCGGCCGCGGCGCAGAUCUUUUCGAGCUUUGAGCAGAUUGCCGCCGCGCAGCUGGCGGGUUUGUCCGGGCUGGGCAUCUUCAAUGGAAAUAGGGGCAACAACACGGCGCAAGCACCGCCACCUGCUCAAGGUCAGGCACAGGGCCAGAAUCUGGGAAGCAUUGCCGUCGGAGCGAACCAGGGAGGAAUACAGCCACCCCCGGCAGCCGCAGCUCAACCUCCAGCGCAGGUCGCGACGCCGCCGCCGCCUCCGGCCCAGGCUCAAGGUCAGCAAGGCGGACAGAACUUGGGAAGUAUAGCGGUCGGCGCGAAUCAGGGACAACCUGCUCCUGCUGCCGCUCCAGCUGCUGCUCCAGCAGCACAGCCUCCCGCUCAAGUAGCAGCCCCACCGCCGGCAUCGCAGAAUGCUCCGGCAGCACAGCCGGGAGCAGCCAUCGUCAACGGAGCCAACCAGGCCAUCGCACCGGUGCAAUUUGGAAAGAACCCCGGCACGCCCCCACAAGCGGCGCCGGCGGCAGCCCCGCCUGCUCAGGGAAACACUGGGUCCGGAGUGGUGAUUGUGGGAUCGAGUCCCGGGGGCCAGAGCGUUACACAGCCGGCCCCGGCUCCACCUGCGGCGGUUGCUGCUGGUGCGAACUAG